AUGGACUACCGAACCCGGGAAAUAGCCGGCUCUCCGGAUGCACGAAAACGCGCACCCUUGCCAAUGGCGAUGGCAAGUGGCUGGGACGCCUCGAUACUAGGUUUGUUCUGCGACUGCGAGUUCGCCGUUCUGGCAUCAGAGUUCAGGGUUCAGGGUCGAGUUGGUCUGGAUGCAGAUGCAGAGGAUCGAUCGAGAUAG